GGCCGGCAGGCUCUAGGGGGAGGGAGAGAGCACCAAGAAAAGGUGACAGUGGGAUCUUACUGAAAGGGGUCACUGCAUGCCCAAGAACUGUGGUCAGAAGAACUGGAGUUAUCUGGAGGGAAGAGGCAGAAACGAAGACCUUGCUCUUCAGGUAGUGAACAUUGCACACCUUUCCUGUCCCGUGGAAAAGAGACCCUUCCUCAGGACGGCAAGAGCUAGGGUACGAUCAGAAGGUUCCCUGAGCAAGCAGUGUUCUCCAGAUGAUCGGAAACUGGGAAACCAUUCCUGGGCAUAGAUGGAAAUCAGCUAGCCUAAGACCCUAAGAAGAAUGUCUAGAAGCCCACCUGAAGCUAAUGCUGGGACGAAAGAGACCUGGGGCCUUGGGGCACUGAGGGACCCUGAGCGCGUAGGGAAGGACCCUGGACAUCCAUCUCUCUGGGCAGAUUAACUAAAGCAGAACCCCGGUGCUGAUCCUGUGAGGGGCUUGAGGAGGUGACACCGAAAUGUCUAAAGCCUCCUUCUCGUUGAACUGUGCCGCCCAGUUUGUGCCCUUUUCCCCGUGUGAUCCCGUACAAUUCUUUCUGAACCUUUAUUUUUGCUUUACGGGUCUGGAUAUCUUGGCCUUCGUGUUCACCUGUGCAUCACCCUCAGAGGCCAGAAGAGGGUGAGAGACUGCAGUUACCGCCGGUUGUGAGCCGACGUGAGGGUGCUGGGAAUCCAAACCAGACCCCUCCCCCCACCCCCAGCCAGUGAACCCCUUGAGCCGUCUCUCCAGCCCCGCCCCGUCCCCGCCACCCUCUGAGCACCGAGGGAUGCCAGUCAGGGCUGCGGUUCCCAGCCCGCCAGCGGGGAAAACUGGGGCCAAGAGACAGGAAGGGGAGAUUGGCUCGCUGCGCCGGCCCCGGGUCCCGAGCGGCUCCGUCAGCUCGGCACACCUCUAUUAAGACCCCGCAGGAUCCCCCGCCGCCGCCAUGGCGCAGGAGAACGCCGCUUUCUCCCCGGGGUCGGAGGAGCCCCCGAGGCGCCGCGGCCGCCAGCGCUACGUGGAGAAGGACGGGCGCUGCAACGUGCAGCAGGGCAACGUCCGCGAGACCUACCGCUACCUGACCGACCUGUUCACCACGCUGGUGGACCUGCAGUGGCGCCUCAGCCUGCUCUUCUUCGUGCUGGCCUACGCGCUCACCUGGCUCUUCUUCGGCGCCAUCUGGUGGCUCAUCGCCUACGGCCGCGGCGACCUGGAGCACCUGGAGGACACGGCGUGGACCCCGUGCGUCAACAACCUCAACGGCUUCGUGGCCGCCUUCCUCUUCUCCAUCGAGACCGAGACCACCAUCGGCUACGGGCACCGCGUCAUCACCGACCAGUGCCCCGAGGGCAUCGUGCUGCUGCUGCUGCAGGCCAUCCUGGGCUCCAUGGUGAACGCCUUCAUGGUGGGCUGCAUGUUCGUCAAGAUCUCGCAGCCCAACAAGCGCGCCGCCACGCUCGUCUUCUCGUCGCACGCCGUGGUGUCCCUGCGCGACGGGCGCCUCUGCCUCAUGUUUCGCGUGGGCGACCUGCGGUCCUCGCACAUCGUCGAGGCCUCCAUCCGCGCCAAGCUCAUCCGCUCGCGCCAGACCCUCGAGGGCGAGUUCAUCCCGCUGCACCAGACCGACCUCAGCGUGGGCUUCGACACGGGCGACGACCGCCUCUUCCUCGUCUCGCCUCUUGUCAUUAGCCACGAGAUCGACGCCGCCAGCCCCUUCUGGGAGGCGUCGCGCCGCGCCCUCGAGAGGGACGACUUCGAGAUCGUGGUCAUUCUCGAGGGCAUGGUGGAGGCCACGGGAAUGACGUGUCAAGCUCGCAGCUCUUACCUGGUGGACGAGGUGCUGUGGGGCCACCGGUUCACAUCCGUGCUCACCCUGGAAGAUGGCUUCUAUGAGGUGGACUAUGCCAGCUUCCACGAGACCUUUGAGGUGCCCACGCCCUCGUGCAGUGCCCGGGAACUGGCAGAAGCUGCGGCCCGCCUUGACGCCCAUCUCUACUGGUCCAUCCCCAGCAGGCUAGAUGAGAAGGUGGAGGAAGAAGGAGCUGGGGAGGGGGCAGGUGGGGGAGACGGAACGGACAAGGAACAGAAUGGCUGCCUGCCACCCCCAGAGAGUGAGUCCAAGGUGUGACUAGUCUUCUCCAAACCCCUGCGGCAGACCAGGGGGCCAGACACAGGUACACGGAAGCUGCAGAGCGGACAUGGAAGAAGAGGAGGCAGGUAGUGUCCCGGGGAAUGGUGAAGUUGGGAGAGGCCCACUGAGUUCAGGAUCCAGUAGGGAGGGAAGAGGUCCCGGUUUGAAGAGAAUAGAGGGUGGGGACGACAGAACGCAUCAGUCUGUCUGUGUUUGACCUUCACACCUGUUCACGGGUGGACGGAUGAACAGAAGGACGGGGUUAUGGGGGCUGAACGGGAAGGUGGGGGCAGCCAGAAACCGCCAAUGGAUAACUUGGGUGGCAAAUGGAUUGACAGUUGGUGAAUUCGGUGCUGCCUUCACCUGCAGCACACCUCUGUGCGAGAUCUACAGGCACCCUUUGCUUCCAGACAUAGGCAGCCUCGAGCCAAGGUACAUGGCUGAGGGAUCAGAGCAUCAAAUGGAUUACAGUCCCCCACUCACCCCCUUGGGUGGCCUCCAUAUGUGUGACACACCUGUCUAACUAGACAAAGUGGCCACGGUUGAACCAGAGAAGAGAAAACUGGAUGGAGGAGAGCACAGACGUGCGUACCCUCCCCGGCUUCAUUAUCCCACUGUGAUGGGCUCAGAAAGGUGUCCAUGGCCUUAAUCCUCAGGGACUGGGCAAACAAGCAAAGGGGGCAGAUGCUGAGCAGGGGCCCUGGAGCAGGACGUGGAGAGACCCAAAGACAACUAUUUUGUGAGAGUGGAAUGGAGCCUUGCGGGUACUGCCACACAAGCAGGGAGGCAGGAAGAAAGGCCAUAGGAGAGGCUUAAUAAAUGGUUUUACGAGGGACGCCAGCUCCCAGGGGAAAGUAGUUUGUCCUUGGGGCACAGUGGCAGGGCCUCCUCGUUCACAACAGUGUCAGGUGUGAUAUUCAAAGACAUGAUUCCCAACACCAGAACGCAGGGCAGGUGGAGGUCAGAAAUACCCCACAGCUACUGAGGGAAGCGUGCAUCACACUAGGAGCCCACACAAGCUGUUAGAGGAAGAAGUGUGAGCGCAUUAGCAACCAGGAAGCUAAGGAUUGAGUAAGGCAGGGGGGAAUGGUGGGAGCCAGCAGUUACGAAGCUUUGCAUCACUCACCUGGAGGGCUUGUUAAAACACAGAUUGUUGAUCCCACUCCCAGCAUUCUGACUCAAUAGGUCCGGGACAGAAACCAAAAAUCUGCACGUCUAACUAGUUCCCAGAUCUAACAGGUUCCCAGACCGUGCUGACAUUGUCAGUCUGGGGAUUACACUUGGAUGAGGCAUCUAAGCGGAGGAGAAGCCGGGGGAGCUGAAAAGAAGCCGAGGAUUCUUAAGGAGCAGAGAAAUGAGAAGGGAAAUGUCGGGGGAAAGAGGACCCAGGUCCAGGCUGAAGAGCUUUACUGAAACGGCAUCGGUAACUGGCCGGUGACACGCUGGAGCAGCAUCUGGGAAGACCAGAGGGCAACAGAGGCAAGAGACGGCAUUUAGGGGACUCCUGAAGAGUCAGUGGCAAAGGUCCGACUCUCUUACAGGACUAAGAAGGCAAGACUGACCCAGGGAGAAAAUGGAGCUGAGCCUUGCGGGUGCCUGCUGCCUGCCGCCUGUCCAGCCAGGACAGGGAACCCUGGAGACACACACUCCCUUAUCCUGGUCUUGUCCCAGUCAUCUUGGGGUGGUGAGGGAGAGAGCAAUGGCAAAUUGAGGAGCAGAAGAUCAGUCAAGGGACCUGAGGCUGGGCUCCUGGAGCCAAGUGUAGCCCCAGUGAUCAUGUCCUCUCAAGGCACUGGUCCAAACCUUGGGCCUGGCCACACCCAUCCCUGCCCUUGAAUAAGUCUGCUGCCCUGUUUCAGGCUGAGAAGCCAGCAUCCGAUGGGGCACUGUGUCUGCCUCCCAGUGGCCAUCCCAGAGAGACCUCGAGCUGUCGCCUCUCCCCUUCAGCCUAGCAGUGCACUCAGGUUUCAGGCCCUCCACCUGAGUCACUCUCAAAGAAGAGGUCCGUGAACAUGUAUGGGUCUGCUGGGAUCCCGCAUACACAUAGGAAACUCGAGCACAGACAGUGACUAGGUGGAGUCUGGAUGAGAGGGGUGGAAUGGAGACAUUGGAGCCGCCCCUGGAAGUCACUGGGAUGCCACACUCAGGGCACCGCUGUCCAGGGCACUGUCAGGAGGACUGUGUCCUAGUGGCAAUGCUGACUGUCACUAAUUACCUCUAUGACUCUCAGCAAGAUACAUUACUACUUCUCUGGGCCUCAGUUUCCUUAUCUGUAAAAAAAAAAAAAAAAAGUGAUAGCUGGCAAACUCGUAAUGCUCAAUAAAUGCUGAAUUACUGAAUUAAAAAGGUA